CAACGAAUUGCCACCAAGUAAGCAUAUAAACCGUCGGAGUGUGGGGAAAAUGAAGAAACAAGCAGCAGAGAAAUAUGGCUACUAAUCCCGGAGUUCUCACUAACUGGCCAUGGAAACCUCUUGGGAACUUCAAGUAUGUUAUCUUGGCUCCAUGGGUGGUUCACAGCACCUACUGUCUCGUGUGUAAAGGAGAAAAGGAGGCAGACCUUUUCUACUUCCUGAUAUUCCCAUUUCUUCUCACAAGAUUCCUUCACAAUCAGAUAUGGGUUUCUUAUUCUCGUUACAGAACUGCCAAAGGAAAUAACAGGAUCGUUGAUAAGGGCAUCGAGUUUGAGCAAGUUGACAGAGAAAGCAACUGGGAUGACCAGAUUAUAUUAAAUGGACUUCUCUUCUACUUGACGCGUAUGAUAAUACCAAUAGCAUCUCACUUGCCCAUAUGGAGAUCAGAUGGAGUUAUUAUCACAAUUCUACUCCAUGCUGGCCCAGUGGAGUUCCUCUAUUAUUGGCUUCACAGGGCGCUGCACCACCAUUACCUCUACCCUCGCUAUCACUCCCAUCACCAUUCUUCCAUUGCCACCGAGCCCAUUACAUCGGUCAUUCACCCAUUUGCAGAAGAAGUUGCAUACUUUUUGCUCUUUGCGAUACCAUUAUUGACAACGGUAUUUACGGGCACUGGGUCCCUUCUGGCAGCAUUUGGUUACAUAACUUAUAUUGAUCUCAUGAACAAUAUGGGACAUUGCAACUUCGAACUGGUUCCAAACUGGGUUUUCUCUAUUUUCCCUCCUCUCAAGUAUUUCAUGUAUACCCCAACAUAUCACUCCUUGCAUCAUACUCAAUUUCGGACCAACUACUCGUUGUUCAUGCCGGUUUACGAUUACAUUUAUGCUACAGUGGACAAGUCCUCUGAUGCUUUAUACGAGUCUUCGCUCAAAAGGCACGAAGAGUCACCGGACAUCGUAUAUUUGACGCAUUUAACUACGAUAGACUCCAUCUAUCAUUUGCGCCUUGGCUUUGCUUCCUUGGCCUCUAAGCCAUUCACUUCAAAGUGGUAUUUGAUGGCGAUGUGGCCUGUGACAUGUUGGUCUGUGGUCUUCACUAGGAUUUAUUGCCGUACAUUUAUUUCAGAGAGGAAUGCGUUAGAUAAGCUCAAACUGCAGUCUUGGGUGAUACCAAGAUACACUAUGCAUUACCUUUUGGGGAAGCAAAAAGAAGUUGUCAGUAACUUAAUUGAAGAAGCUAUACUUGAAGCCGACAAGAAGGGAGCCAAGGUGCUGAGCUUAGGCCUUCUGAACCAGAAUGAAGACCUUAAUGGGAAUGGAGAGCUCUAUAUCCAAAGGCACCCUAAGCUUAAAAUCAAGCUUGUGGAUGGAAGCAGUUUAGCAGCGGCUGUUGUGGUGAACAGCAUUCCCGAAGGAACAAACCAGGUGCUCCUCGGGGGCAAGUUUUCUAAGGUUUCUUAUGCCAUAGCCCUUGCUUUAUGCCAAAAAGAUGUCCAGGUGGCCACAACAAAAAAGGAUAAAUACAAGCAGUUUGAGCAGAGUGACAGGUUUGGAAAUAACUUGAUAUGGGUGGUGGGGGAGGGAUUCACAGAAAGAGAACAGUUGAAGGCAAAAAAAGGGACAUUAUUUAUUCCCUUCUCACAAUUCCCACCAAAGAAAGUGCGCAAAGACUGCUACUACCACACUACUCCCGCCAUGGUGGCUCCUAAAUCUCUGGAGAACUUGCAUUCUUGCGAGGUAAGUAUAGAGAUAUUCCUAAUUCCUUGACCAUUCUUUCCAUCUUUGGCAACUGGAUAUGUGCAUGCAUAUCAAAAUAUGUCGCUUAAGUUGCCAGUUUUUACUAUUUUUUUUCUCUUAAUUAUUGAAGAUAUGUAUCUGAAUAUGAUACAGAAUUGGUUGCCAAGAAGAGUGAUGAGUGCAUGGCGGGUGGCUGGGAUUAUUCAUGGUCUGGAAGGAUGGAACGUUCAUGAGUGCGGUCAAACCAUGUUUAGCAUGGAUAAAGUUUGGAAGGCCAGUCUGGAGCAUGGGUUUCGUCAUUUGCCAAUCUCCAUUUAAUUAAAAUACAAGCCAAUGCCCAUUUUAUAUGCGUAUUUAAAAAUAAAUUGUAGUAAACUUAAUUAUGUACGUGGGAGAACUGAACUGGGUCAAUCGUACUUGUAUUAUGAAAUUGAGAUGCCGCACCCACUUUCAAACCUGGACAAGACUAGGUAAUCAAGAACCAACCGUAGUGUUGUUUCGACCAAAUUGAGACCAAAAGUGUGAGAAAUGAAUGA